AUGAAUGGAGAUGCGGGCGACUGCUGGAUCUGGAUUGUCUCGGUGGAUGGGAUAGACGUCGUGAACGGUCUUGAAGUCUCGCAAUCGCAGUGGAGCUUGUUCCGAUCUACUGAUGCCGAAGGGCGGCUGCAACUGGCCCGCCUCGGGAGGUUUGCAGCGCUGCGGUUCAGUUCAGGCCUGAGUGUCGGCUCACGUGACACACCUCCUUCUUUUGGCAAAGCCAAGGACAAUCAAGACAAAAAGGCAAAGAAAAGUCAAGAAACCACCGCAAUCAUGGACAACGAAGUACUGGACCAACUCGAACGCAAGCCGUCCCGUAAAUCCGUUGCCUUCACCGACGAGCAACUCGUAGUCGAGACCGACGGCUCAAUAACCAUCAUGAGUGCUGUCGAGGAACCCAAGGAGACGGCUCAGUCACACACGCCUCGUACGCCGCCUCUGUCUGCCGCCCUCGAAGCAUUUGCUGAUACUUCAUCUCAAGCCGCCGCCGACGAACUUGCCCCUCCCGAAGAUGGCGGCCUUGACUUGUCUCUCCUGAAAAAGAAGAAGAAGAAGAAGAAGGUUGAGGGCGUCGACGCCGAUGCCGAUGCUGAGGAUGGCGCCGCCCCCGCCGAAGAUGGAGGUCUCGACCUGACCAUGAAGAAGAAGAAGAAGAAGGUCAAGAAGGCCGAAGGUGCUGAGGAAGAUGAGUUCACUGCCAAGCUGAAGCAGCUCGAGGUUAAGGACGCCGAAGAGGCCGAGGAGGCAGCUCAGGAGGAUGAGGGUGACAUGGAGACUGGCACCGGUGUCUGGACCCACGAUGAGUCCAAGACUAUCCCCUAUACCAUGCUGCUCUCCCGCUUCUUCACCGUCCUAUCACAAAAGAACCCCGACCACUCGCUCAGCGGCACCAAGAGCUACAAGAUUCCCCCUCCUCAGUGCAUGCGUGAAGGCAACAGGAAAACUGUCUUUGCCAACAUUGCCGACAUCAGCAAGCGCAUGAAGCGAACUGAAGAACAUCUCACCGCCUACCUGUUUGCCGAGUUGGGCACAAACGGCUCCGUUGACGGAAAUAGGAGAUUGGUCAUCAAGGGUCGAUUCCAGCAGAAGCAGAUUGAGAACGUCGUCAGAAAAUACAUCAUCGAGUACGUUACCUGCAAAACAUGCAGGUCCCCCGAUACCGAGCUCAACAAGGGUGAGAACCGUCUCUACUUCAUCACCUGCAACAACUGCGCUUCACGACGAAGUGUCACGGCCAUCAAGACGGGCUUCUCUGCCCAGAUCGGCAAGAGAAAGAAGAUGCAGGGUUAA